AUGGAUGAAGCAGAGUUGAAAGUGUUACAAGAAGAGAUCAAAGCUAUGGGGGACGAAAUUAGGUCUUUGAAAACGGAAAAAGCCGAUCCAGCGUUGAUCAAAGCAAAAAUAGCUGCAAUGUUAGAAAAGAAGAAACUUCUCGGUGAUGGUCAAGCAGAUCAGGGAAAAUUUGUGCUCAAAACUCCUAAAGGUAAACCUCUUACUUCAGUCGCUUUUCGUCAUGGUUUUCUCUCAUUUUACUUUGUAAGGUCUCAGGCAUAGUU